AUGCCACCGUGGUUACUCCCCCCUCCCGAGUUGUUCGACCAGCACAGCACCGGCCGCAGUGGGGGUGUCAGCCAGGGGUAUGGUGCUUCCAUAUUGGAAAACCACAACCACACAGCCAUGCCGCGUGCACCGACUGUGGUCCGUCCGGCCGCCAGCGUCACGACAGGCCUUCCUCCUGCCAUACGCGGUGUCAGUGGCGUGGGUGCGGGUUCGGGAGUGGGCAGCUAUCGGCCCCCUCCUGGCCACUCUCCGUCUGCGAGCAGCAUUUUCCCAUACCCAUCCCACAGCAGCUCUGGCAUGCAGGCGGCUGGACAGGCGGCGGGACAGCCAAUGAUCGGCGGCGGGGUGCGUGACCAGGGCAAUGGGCCCAUAGCCCUGCCGGUGGUGCCGUGGCGAUUUGUGCCGUGGAGUGUCAUGACUCCUUCGGGUGUGCAACUCACUCGUACGGAUGUUUCUCUGAUGGUGGCCAACAUUCUGGACAGGACGACCGGCAUCCCACCCUGGAUCAACGUCCGGUGGGACGAACAAAACAUACGAUUCGUCGCUACCGUGGAGGUCAGCACACACUCGACACCCACACUCACGCAGCAAAAGUGUUCUCACUAUCCGUGUCGUGUAUGUGUGUAUCCACAGGGUGCUCAGUGUUCCGCUGUGAGUGCGCCGCACAGCUAUGACGCCGACGGUCUGCGCGAGGCUCUGCACCGGUGCUGGAACGACCUCAGGGUGAGGCACCAGCACGAGGCCGCCGCCGCGGCCGAAGACGCUGCCCCAAACGCCUCUGUCGCAGCCGCUGCGGCCCCAGCGCGGCACCGUGACAUGGACGAUGCUUUAGACAUGGAUGUCGACUUUGACGAUAGCAGCUCUGGCGUGCAGCCGACGACAGGGGGCGACAUACGUGAGCAGGGCUAUGGGCGUGCACCGACCUCUGGUCCAAGCGGCGUCGACAACAGCUUGCUCCUUGGUGGCGUGGCCCGGCCGCUGGGUGGCAGCCCUGCCACUGGAGGCAUGAUGAGUCGUGACCAGGACAACCCCCCUGCUGAGCGCCACCACACGAAUUCCCCUUCGUCCCGCCCACCCCCUCCUCAUCCCCCACCCCCGGCCUUUGGUUUGUUGGGUCGCUACCGGCCCCCCUCACCUCCCCCGCGGCCCGCUGUACCCCUCUCGGUCAACCCCCAGCACCGCCGGUCCGAUCGCCGCAGGGGUAGCGAUACGGAUGACUACGAGUUUGAGGACGUGGAUGAGGGCUACUUCGACGACCUGGACGACGACUUCAGUGACAUCCCCGUCGAGGUGCUGGUGGAGAUGGAACGAGCACUGCAGCGCGUUGCCGCGGGGGGGCCGGCAGCAGCAGCAGCAGCAGCAGCAGAAGCAGCAGCAGCAGUAGCGGCCGCUGCAAGUGCGAGUGCGAGUGCUAGUGCGAGUGCUGGUGGGGGCAACACGACACCCAACUUCCCUUCUGUGGUAUGUUCCAGCCAUAUGCACACACACACAACAAGUGGGCACGCGGAUAUGCACUGGCUUGAUGUGCGUUGUCUGUCGAUGGAUGGAUGGAUUGUGUGUCGUUUGAAGGAUCGCGAGAUCAAGGAGCUCAUCGAGUCGCUGCCCGAGGACGAAAUACCCUCCUACCUACCCAGAUGCCCAAUCACACUGGUACCACAACACACACACACACACACACACGGACAGACAGACAGACAGACAGACGACGAACUCUCCAUGCCUCUCUCUCUGUUUGUGUGUCAUUCCUCCCCCAGGACGUCCCGAUCAUUCCCGUAGUGACGAUCCAUGAGGGCCAGGUAAACAGCAAAGGGCAGGCCCCCUCCACCCCCAUCUCAUAAGACGCCCCCAUGUCUUUACCCCAACAGACGGCCACCACCUACGACUGGACCGCGCUCAAGGAGGUCUUCAACGGCAAUGACCCGCCCCUCUCCCCCACCUCCCGCAAACCGCUUCGUGUGGCCCACGACGUGCUCGCCGACCGACAAACUCGCCGCCUCAUCGAGCAGUUCGGCCACCAGAAGAUGGCCGAGCAAGCCAUCGGCAGGAAGGUGGCGGCGGGCAAGAGCGUCAAGGGCGUCAAGGGCGCCAAAGCCGCCAAAGCCAAGAGGGGCAGGGUCAAGAGGCCCCCAAGUCGCAAGAGGGGCAAGGGCCGGCUGCAGAUGGACGACGAGGGGGACAGUGAGGGGGAUGGUGGGUGGGAUCCGAGCGUGGAGCUGCCGUCGGACGAAGACGAGCCACACAAGCGGCAGCGGUCGCGACGGAAGAAGCAGGCCAAGAAAGACAUGGCCGACGCUGAUGGCGGUGGUCCGAUGGAUGUGGCUAAGCUCUUUGGUGAAGACGAGGCGUCGCCGAGUCCCAAGCCGGAGCCGCAGACACAGGCAGCAGCAGCAGCAGCUGCUGCUGCGGCCGGACAUCCUAUCGGUGAGAAAAGCAAAGCGCAUCCAUCCAUUCAUCCAUCUAUCUGCUACGAAAGGACACAUUGGCACUCCGUAUGCACGCGCAUCCCUCCGUGCUCUGCAGGUGUUCCUCUGCUGUAUUCGCCCAGUCCCGGCAGACCGUACGCCAGCCUCAUUGCCAGCCUCACUGGACAGACAUCCCACGGCCCGACAGGUGAGUGAACGCGAUGACAACACAGGGGACUUUUAGCUUGGUUUGUGUGUGGUGUGUCCCAAUUGACCAGAAAUGUCGAGUGGUGACGCCAUGGUCGGCGCCGGUGGGUCAGAGGUGGCUGUGACUGGUGGGCGGAAGUCGGCGCGCGCGGGCAGGAAGCGGCGGCGCCGAUCUGUCAGUCCGUGUCUUGAGGAGGGAGAUGAGGAGGCGGAGGAGGUGGCGGAGGGGGAAGAAGACGUAGCUCACAGAUGCAGCAAAAUGGCCGGUGAGUGAGAGCUGGCCAAGGGCGUCAAGGGUUACGUCCCUACCUACCUGGGUGUGGGGGAGGGUGGGUGUUUCAGUUACCAAGAUGACGACAGGGGCGAGCCCACCAGGCCGCGCGAGAGGGAUGAAGGCGACCAGGAGGGGAAGGCCCGAGGGCGGCAGAGACGGCGGGUUAGAUAGUGUAGAGAAUGAUCUUGGUGUCGGCCUUCCUCCCCACGCACUGCAGGGCGAGCACCCUGACACAGGUGUGUAUCUACACCCACACACACACACACAACAUAACACAGGCAGGAGGCAAAGCAGGCGAACCAACAGACGCAACCCAAUGUGUCCGUCCCUGUCUGUGUCCGUCAGGCUACGGCACGUUAGCCAUGCAGCCCGGCGUGUCACCCGACCCGACGCUACUCACAAUGGUACAUGGUCAUGGCAAAGAUGGGAGGGAGAUGCAUGCUCGCCGUGUGCGCGCUCAGCUGGCGAGCCCCGAGUCGGCCGAUAUUGUCGCCAAGCUGACGGAAAUCGCCAAUCCACACAAGCGGACACCGUUCACCGCCACACGGGUGGGUAACCACACACGGACACCAGCAUCUGGUGGUCUUGGCGGUAUGUGUGUGUGUGUGUGGUUGUGUUGUGUGUGUGUGCAGAUUCGUAGGCUGUCCGACUUCUUAGCUUCGUUGCCUGGGGCUCUGCGCGCGGGGAUAGUGAAUUGGGUGCACCAGUGGAAUGGCAUACCAAGCGAUUCCCUGCUCCUGACUGUUGGACUCACCGGCAGCGAAAUGCGCAAGCCACUGGUGCAGCUGCUCCAGGUAACCAUCACACCACACGCAGACACAACACACAGACACGUGCAUCUCUCUCUCUCUCUCUGUGUGUGUGUGUGUAGGCUGUCGAGGAUUGGGGCAAGGAGGCGGCGUCUGCAGACACCAAGGCGGCUGAUGACGGGCCGACAUGA